AUGAAGGGGCUCUUCCUCCCUCGCCGGAGCAAUGGGACUCCGACCAACCCUUCCCCCGCGACGCCACCCAAGAAAGACCCCCAGAUGCCGCAGAUCUCCCCGCUCGAGAAGAGGUUACAGGACAUGGGGCCGCUUCGAGGCGAUGGCAGUGACAAGUUUUAUGGCAUGGAAAACUACGGAAACACCUGCUAUUGCAAUUCAAUCCUCCAAUGUCUCUAUUACUCCGUUCCCUUUCGCGAGGCGGUGAUCAAUUACCCGCAGCGUACCCCCGUGGAGAGCCUCGAGGCGGCGCUGGCCAAGAACCUUCGGUACCAAAACCCCAAUGCGCACUUGGAGGCUGAGGCACAAGCAGCCAAGCAGAAGGCGGCGGCUCCGGCGUCCUCAGCGCGCCAAGCGGGCGUACCUCCCAACCAACCCCAGAAGCCGGAAGACAAGGAUUCGCCUGAAUACAAGAAGAAGGUCGCGCUCCAGACCCUUCCCUUGAUGGAGACCAAGAACAAUGCUGCGAGUUAUGGCAUCCAGUCUCGGAUUGGAGUGAUUCGGCCCCAGCAGUUCUUGGACGUGCUGCGGCGGGAGCAUGAAAUGUUCCGGACAGCCAUGCACCAGGAUGCUCAUGAGUUCUUGAAUCUACUGCUGAAUGAGGUGGUGUCGAACGUGGAGGCGGAAGCGACGAAGCAAGCAUUCUCGGAGAAGGCGCUCCCGCCGCCGCCCUCCGAUAGCGCAGACUCUUUGGGACUGUUGACCGCCAGCACAGGCUCCAAGUCUCCAAACACGACGAGGUGGGUCCAUGAGCUAUUCGAAGGCACAUUGACCUCGGAAACCAAGUGCUUGACUUGCGAGAAGGUCUCACAACGCGAUGAGGUGUUCUUGGAUCUUUCGGUCGAUCUGGAGCAGCAUUCAUCCGUAACCUCUUGUCUUCGAAAAUUCUCUGCGGAGGAGAUGCUGUGCGAGCGGAACAAGUUCCACUGUGACAACUGCGGUGGCCUCCAGGAGGCCGAAAAGCGCAUGAAGAUCAAGCGCCUGCCCCGUGUGCUGGCCUUGCACCUCAAACGCUUUAAGUAUACGGAAGACCUGCAGCGACUGCAAAAGCUCUUCCAUCGGGUCGUCUACCCUUAUCAUCUCCGGCUUUUCAACACGUCCGACGAUGCCGAGGAUCCGGAUCGGCUUUACGAGUUGUAUGCGGUUGUCGUCCACAUCGGCGGCGGACCGUAUCAUGGUCAUUACGUGGCCAUCAUCAAGACCGAAGAUCGCGGCUGGUUACUGUUCGACGAUGAGCUUGUGGAACCGGUCGAUAAGAACUACGUUCGGAAUUUCUUCGGUGAUCGCCCCGGGCUGGCCUGUGCAUACGUUCUAUUCUACCAGGAGACCACGCUUGAGGCUGUCAUGCGGGAGCAAGCUCAGGAGGACCAGGCGUCCACCGCGGCCGCUGCUGAAGCUGGCGAUAUCGGGAGAUCUAACGGACACCCGGCGUCCCCGAAUAACCUGGUUCAAGUGCAUAGCGCCAGUUACGUCCCUUCCGAAGACCCGAAUCGGUUUACUCCCAUCAGCAAAAUGACGACCGCCCCUCAACUGGAACCUCACCACGAACACCCAGAGUCCGAUUCGUCCUCCCAACAACCCGUUCAGCCCGCUCAACCUCAACCACCGCUGCCAGCAAUCCCUGACGACCCACCGCCUCGCCUGAGUCCGAAAAAGAGCGAUGUGCAGUCAAAGAAGGAGAAGGCUCGAGAGGAAAAGGAGCGCCGAGCAGCGGAAAAGGAGCGGGAACGGAACGAAAAGGCUCGCCGCAAAGAGCUCGGGCUACAUCAACAAAUGGACGCCAGGCGGGAAGCUGACGAACUUCGAAGGGCUAUUGAGGCCAGCAAGGCCGACGCCGCUGACCUUGGUCCCGAGAAUGGGUCCCCCAGAAAGUCCUCCAGCUUGAGCUUCCUUCGGCGCAGCAGCCGCAGCCUGAGCCACCGCCUCAGCAAGGACAAAGAACCUCGUAUGUCGACUUCGGAUCUGGUGCCCACACCAGUUCCCGAAGCCCCGGCCAAAGAGGCAGAGCCUGAACAGCCACCAGUGCCCCUAACGGAUACCCCGGGUCUCUCUAACCCAAAGAUGCCCUCGCGAGUCCUGGUACCCCCACCGCCACCGAUCCCCAAGGACACCAAGGACACCAAGAACGAAAAGACUGGCCAAACCCACCGAUGGAGGUCGCUCAGCUUCAAAAAGGCAUCAUCAUGA